AUGCUCCCAGCAUACGUGCGCUCCCUGCUGCCAGGUGGCACCCACGUCCUCGGGACGCAAGGAUCUGGAGGGACAGGGGAGAGGGUCUGGCUCAGCUCCGAGGAGACCCUCCAGGUCAAACGCUACACGCCUGGGUUUUCCAUUCUGCUCGUGCACAAUUUAAAUCAUCACGACAAGACUGUUUAUUAUCCGGAUCAUCUCUGUGGCAGCAGUGCAAAGGCCAGCGAGAGCCGCCACCAGCAGAGAGGGGGCUUCUGGCCUUUCCCGGGGCCCCAUCCAUCCCGCCGCGGGGCAGCCACAGCUGCACCCACGGCCGGUCACCCGCGCCGGGAUGAGCCGCGAGAGUGCCAGGCCCAGGAUGGGGGGCGGCACGGCCUUUCACAGGGAGAGCCUGGAGGAGAAAAGAGUGGGUACAAGCAGGACAGGGGGCCAGACCCAGAGCCCAGGAGACCCAGAGCCCCGGAGACCCAGAGCCCCGGAGACCCAGAGCCCCGGAGACCCGGAGCCCAGGAGACCCGGAGCCCCGGAGACCCGGAGCCCAGGAGACCCGGAGACCCGGACACCCGGAGCCCCGGAGACCCGGAGCCCAGGAGACCCGGAGCCCCGGGGACCCGGAGCCCAGGAGACCCGGAGCCCCGGGGACCCGGAGACCCGGGGACCCAGAGCCCAGGAGACCCAGAGCCCCGGGGACCCAGAGCCCCGGAGACCCAGAGCCCAGGAGACCCAGAGCCCCGGAGACCCAGAGCCCAGGAGACCCAGAGCCCCGGAGCCCCAGAGCCCAGGAGACCCAGAGCCCAGGAGACCCAGAGCCCAGGGGACCCAGAGCCCCGGAGACCCAGAGCCCCAGAGACCCAGAGCCCAGGAGACCCGGAGCCCAGGGGACCCAGAGCCCCGGAGACCCAGAGCCCCAGAGACCCAGAGCCCAGGAGACCCAGAGCCCAGGGGACCCAGAGCCCCGGGGACCCAGAGCCCCAGAGCCCCAGAGCCCAGGGCAGCUGGAAGCCUUGUUCCUUCUUAUGCCCUUUGUCCUACUUGGACCACCGGCUCUGUCUCAGCAGCUGUUUGCAGACUGGUCAGUAG